AUGAAAGCGCGCUCCAGUUGCUGGGUAUAAAGUAAACGAUGAUGUAUGUUUUUGUAGUAGUCUACUGAUGUCGCUGAGCACGUCGAGCAUGUCAAGAGAAGAGACACAGAGGAGUCACUGGACUACUUUUAAGACAAAACUCUCUGCUUUUGACAUGGACUAAUCAUUGACAUUUGGGAGCUGCACCCACCCAAGUGACCCAGCAGAUAUUUUGUAGGAGUCAAGGUGUGCAUAUUGGUCCACCAUGAGUGCCCAAGUCGAAUCAGAUGUCCGCACCAUAUCUCCUGAGAUGCCAGCCAUGUUUGACGGCAUGAAGCUGGCGGCUGUAGCCGCGGUGCUGUAUGUCAUAGUGCGGAGUCUAAAUCUGAAGAGCCCCACGGUGGCCCCUGACAUCACCUGUCAAGAUACACCUCUCAAUCGCUAUCUGCUGAAAUCUUGCCCAGUCCUAACCAAAGAGUAUAUUCCCCCACUGUUAUGGGGAAAGAGUGGACAUCUUCAAACUGCUCUUUAUGGAAAAAUGGGUCGAGUGAAGUCGCCUAGCCCCCGCGGGAUCCGUAAGUACCUGCCCAUGCAAGAUGGAGCAACUGCCACCUUUGACCUGUUUGAGUCGCAGGGCGUCCACAACACUAGAGAUGACAUCACCAUGGUGAUCUGCCCUGGGAUCGGUAACCACAGCGAGAAGCAUUAUAUACGGACCUUUGUGGAUUAUUCCCAGAAACAAGGCUACAGGUGCGCCGUGCUCAACCAUCUUGGAGCGCUGCCAAACAUCGAGCUCACCUCCCCAAGGAUGUUCACCUACGGUUGUACUUGGGAGUUUUCAGCUAUGGUGAGCUACAUCAAACGCACAUUGCCUCAAACCCAUCUUAUCGUGGUGGGCUUCAGUCUGGGAGGGAACAUCGCCUGCAAGUUUCUGGGUGAGAAUCCCACCAAUCAGGAGCGAGUGCUGUGCUGUGUCAGCGUGUGCCAGGGAUAUAGUGCUCUAAGGGCUCAGAAGACAUUUCUACAGUGGGACCAGUGCAGGAGGCUAUACAAUUUUCUUAUGGCUGACAACAUGAAAAAAAUCAUUCUGUCUCACAGGGGAAGUUUAUUUGGUAUGAGCUCUAGCAAAAUGGAGUCUGCCGACCUCAGUCACCUUUAUACAGCCACUUCACUCAUGCAGAUUGAUGACAACAUCAUGAGGAAGUUUCAUGGACACAACUCCCUCAAGGAGUAUUACGAGAAGGAGAGCUGUGUGCAUUAUAUUCACAAUAUCAAUGUUCCUCUCCUCUUGGUGAACUCCUCAGAUGAUCCUUUGGUCCAUCAGUCCCUGUUGACGAUACCUCGCACACUUGCAGAAAAGAAGCCAAACGUGAUGUUUGCGCUGACGCUUCACGGUGGCCAUCUUGGCUUCUUCGAGGGUGCUGUCCUCUUUCCUCAACCUCUUUCCUGGAUGGACAAAGUCAUAGUCAGUUACGCCAAUGCUAUCUGCCAGUGGGAGAAACAUAAGCCACAAUGCCUCUAGGACACAUAUGAGACACUGCAACACGGGCAGUAGUGUUCUAGUUUUCUUUGGAUUCAGAUUGAAUGUUUAGGUGAUGGUUUAUGGAGGUCAGACUCACCAGCGUUUUUCCUCUGACCUUCAAGGAGGACAUCAGGAAUGAGGAAAAGAUAUGUAUGGGACAUAUCUUGUAUGCUUGUAUCGGUGGUGUUGUUGCUGCACAUUGGCAUUUGUAGUAUGUUUAACAAGGUUGUGGGAUACCUUGUAUAACAUAUUGCAAGAUGAGGCUUUAUAAAUGUAAAGGUGCUUAUGGUUAAAGCUAUGCAACAUGUUCAAACCAAGACAGCCACAUUUACAUGUAUGUCUGUCUUAUAAUGUUCGAAAAUGUUUGAAAACUUUGUUAAUAUUUAGGGAUGUUUGUACACACUUAAAGUGCAUCAUGUGGAAAGCCUCAUUUACUUUUGACUAGUCUUUCAGAUUGCCUGGUGUUUGUUUAAUUGACAUUAAAUGAUGGCCGUUAUAAAACUGUCACUUUAUUACUGCUUCAGUGGCACAAUUAUUUUAGAUAAAUAAAUUGAAUAAAUUGUCCAUUGAGCGUAGUUUUUAGUCUGACAAUGUCUCCCCCUAUUGGCCUUCUUGUAAAAGCACACGUCCUAUGACCCUCAGAUGUUGAGAUUUUUAUAUAAGCCUGUACUCCUUAGAUGUCCCACAGUUUGCUUUAGAAAUCUGCUUUAGAAAUCUUAAGCCUCAUAUUAAAAAAAGUGCAUACCUCAGUAUAAAUUUUCAGUUCAUUGGCCUGAAAUUAAAAGGAAAAAUAAUUAGGCAAACAGUUGUGUGGCACUUUUGACUACCAUUGUAAGUCUUCCUACUAUGGUAGUCAGUAGUGGCCAAGAACUGUUUGGGUAUAGCAUUCUUCCAAAUAUCUCUCUGUGUUCAUCAGAACAAAGAAAUGUAUGCAGAUUUGGAACAACUGGAGGGUGAGUGUCACUUUAAGUGUGCCCU